CCCGCGGCUCCCCCCUCCGUGCCUGACGUCACCGGCAGCAGCGCCCGUGUCCCCCCGCGCUCGGGAUGGAGCGGCCGCUGCUCGCGCUCUGCCUCGCCGCCUGCCUCCUGGCCCCGGGCGGCCGCGGGGCCCCGGGCAGGGUCGCCCAGAAGCUGCUCCACGACCUCUUCGCCAACUACUCCAGCGCCCUGCGGCCCGUGGAGGACACGGAGCGGGCGCUCAACGUCACCCUCCAGGUCACCCUGUCCCAGAUCAUCGACAUGGACGAGAGGAACCAGGUCCUCACCUCGUACCUGUGGGUGCGCCAGGCCUGGCUGGACGCUCACCUCACGUGGGACAAGGAUGCCUAUGGCGGCAUCGACAGCAUCCGCAUCCCCAGCAGCUACGUGUGGCGGCCGGACAUCAUCCUCUACAACAACGCCGACGACCGCUUCGGCGGCUCGAUGGAGACCAACGUGGUGCUGCGCUCGGACGGGCUCAUCCUGUGGGACGCGCCCGCCAUCACCAAGAGCUCCUGCAAGGUGGACGUCUCCUACUUCCCCUUCGACGGGCAGCGCUGCCGCCUCACCUUCGGCUCCUGGACCUACAACGGGAACCAGAUCGACCUCCGGAACCGGCUGGAUGCCGGCGACCUGACAGACUUCGUGGAGAACGUGGAGUGGGAGGUGCUGGGGAUGCCGGCCACGAGGAACGUGGUCACCUACGGCUGCUGCUCCGAGCCCUACCCCGACGUCACCUACACCCUCCUGCUGCGCCGCCGCGCCUCCUUCUACGUCUUCAACCUGCUCCUGCCCUGCCUCAUGGUCUCCUUCCUGGCCCCGCUCAGCUUCUACCUGCCCGCAGACUCGGGCGAGAAGGUGUCGCUGGGGGUGACGGUGCUGCUGGCGCUCACCGUGUUCCAGCUCCUGGUGGCGGAGAGCAUGCCCCCAUCGGAGAGCGUCCCGCUCAUCGGCAAGUACUACAUCGCCACCAUGACCAUGAUCGCGGCCUCCACGGCGCUCACCAUCCUCAUCAUGAACGUUCACCACUGCGGGCCGGGGGCUCGCCCGGUGCCGCGCUGGGCUCAGCGCCUCAUCCUGCGGCACCUGGCGCGGCUCUGCGGGCUGGGGGGCGGCUGCCGGGGCCCGCGGCGGGCUCCGGGCCCGGGGGAUGCUCGCGGGGAGCUGGGGGCCAGCCCCGGGCCGUGCCCCCGGCAGCGCUGCCUCUGCCACCACCGCGCCGUCCUGGACCACGUCGCCUACAUCGCGGGGUGCUUCCGCCGGCACCGCGCCGCGCAGCGCCGCAGCGGGGAGUGGAAGAGGGUGGCCAAGGUGCUGGACCGGUUCUUCAUGUGGGUCUUCUUCCUCAUGGUGCUGCUCAUGAGCCUGCUGGUGCUGGGCAAGGCUGCCUGA